AUGAAUAACAACGCCCUAUCAGAAAACUCAAAACAUUCGACGUUUGUCAUUUCAAAAUCGCUUGCAUUACUCGGUAGGAGCGCUUUGAUCUAUCCGGUACGGUUUGUCGGCUCAACGGCGGACGUUGAGUUCAGUCCAAGACUAUACGCGUUCAACGUGCUCGCGGUGACCUUGCUGACGGUCAGCAGCUGGGCUUCGCUGUUGAACGAAGUGAGAUUGUUUUGGAUAAACCAAUCGACUCGUUUCAACAAUGGUCCAAUAUUAGUAGUCGCGCUAUUUCAUUUCACACUGGUGACGGCACCGUGCUUGAUAGCCGUCAUUGGUUCAGCGUCAAAACGGUACAAAACGUUGCUGGACGUCGAGCAAGUGCUGAUCAGCGUUGACAAGGUGCUCGACGGCACUACGGCCGACAAACGUGUCGAAUGGUUCGCACUCUAUCUUGUCGUCCACCUCGCAUUGGUGUUUUUGUUGGAUUUCUCCAUGUGGAUGGAUAUCAACCCUACUAACAAGAGUUUUUUCUUAGUUUACGCGUUCCACUAUAUUAAUUUUAUGUCUGUUGCAGUGUACGCACAGAUCGCCUUUUGCAUCGGUCAUAGGUUCGACACCAUUAACCGCCAGAUAGAGGCCAAGCUCAAAUGGUUGACGGCGAUAAACUGUACGGAAUUCGUUUCUCGCAAAUACCAUGAUCUAACUGACCUUAUCCAAAGCUCCGAUAGGUGUCAUAAAGACACAAAAUAUAUUCCUUUUGAACAAUUUCAAGAAUUUUACUGGAGUCUUUGUCACAGUAUAAAAUUGAUAAACGAGCAGUAUGGAUGGCAACUCUUGAUGUGUUUGUUGCAAAAUGUCAUGAAUUUUGUGAUCGCUCCAAAUGUUAUAAUAGUGCAAAUAAUGCAUCCGGAAAAAUGGGGGCCAGUUAACCUCAAAGUCACGGUAAAUUGUUUUGCCUGGUUGUUAACUCACCUGUUGUACUUAUUUUUGAUGGUUAUACCCACGUCCUACGCCGCUAUUAAAGCCGAAAAGACAGCAUGUAUUAUUUGUGAACAUUUAAACAUCUCUUUUGCCAAAGACGACAUAGCACAGUUGGAGUUAUUUAUUCUUCAACUGCAAAAGUUCAAGCUACGAUUUUCUAUUUGUGGAGUCAUUACGUUGCAAAGAUCUACAAUAACAACGGUGAUCGGAACAGUCAUUACAUAUCUACUGAUUAGCAUCCAAUUUCUAAAGAGCCCAUAAACAACGAAGGCCGUGGAGUUUGCUAUCAUUAAAUGCAUUUUUUCUUUUAAGUACACGAAUCUUUAGAUAAACAAAGUAAUGAAGC